CCCAUCUGCGACUCUGCAAACCAGCUCACUCUACGUCCGUAGCUUAACUCGAAGCUGUCGCCAGGCAACCUCCCUGGUAUCCAUAAAGCCACAAACACCGCACCCAGCCUGAAAUAUGGGUGCCUACUGCACGCGCAAAAGGACAGCAAUAGCCUGACGCAUCAUCAUGUCGGUGGAAAUCUGGCCACAUGUUGCGCCCGACCAGCUUAAAGCUGCCGUUGAGACAGCCGAGAUACGCGAACUGGACUGGUUCGUCAAGGAACUCCACGAAACGUUCACCAACCUUAAGCAUGGCCUCGAGGACUGUUAUGCGCUGCUUGCGCCGAUAGACCCAGGGAGCACGCUGGUCCUCAGCACGCCGCGGAAUGAGAUAGUCAAAGGCCAUGUCACACGCGUGGGGACUCGGAUAGUCAAGGGGACAAUCCACCUCCGGCUCCGUACUCUACCACACCAGACCCUCAACAUCAAUCCCGACCACCCGAUCCACCUCGCAUCUCUCACGACCCUCCACGCCCUCCUCACCCACUCUAUCGACCUCCUAGCCCUCACCAUGUCUUACUCGUACCCGUCCGCGACGACAACGUCACCCACAGCGACCCCUCGCCCGCCCUCGCUCCCCCCUCCCCAAUUUCUCUCCGCCCAACUCCGCCUGCUCUCCCAAUCCCUCGCCGAAGCCUCAGCCCUGCUCAAAGGUCCGCCACUGACAUCCUCCGACCCGUCCUGGACAACCCGUUCCGCCCCCCCCUCCCACUUCACCCCUCCUCUCCCCCAACUCCACCCCAGCACCACCAGCAACACCAGCACUGGCUCCUCCUCCUCAACACCAGCGGGCGCCCCAUCCCUAAGUUUCCACCUCACAAUCCAAGAUAGCUCCCUCGUCCUCUGGCUGCGCACCCUCGAGCCGGCCGACGCGCCCGCCCCGCUCUACACCAAGCUCGCCCUGGCGAUCGGCACGGCCCGCAGGCUGGAACACGACGAGGCCGACAAGGUGUUUGCGUGGUCCUGCUGCAACGACAACCAUAACAACAACAAUAAUAGUAAUAACAACAGCAACAACAACCAGCAGUCUUCUGAGUCGUUAUCGAGGCAUUAUAGUGCUAGUGUUGUCCAGGAAGCCGCAAAACCAACCGCCCCCAUCCCCUUAUCUGGCACACGCAUCAAGAAGCGGGCCGUGGACGUCUACGUCCGCGAAAAAGUUCGCGUCGAGAGUGCCGAUCCGAGCCUGCUGUCGCUGUCGGCCAAGCUGACGGCGCUGGGUCACACGCUGGCGCUGGCGCGGCGAAACCUGGCGGCGGUUAUGGGGGAGGAGGUGGAAGGGGACGAGUAAAAUUGGCCUCUGUUGUGGCUGGACAGGGGAUCUAGGACGGCGGUGGUGAGAACGAGUGACGGUGUUGGGGGAAUUGUGGCUGUUAAGUAGAAUACCAGGUACGGACGGGGCGGUGGAUGAUCGCUUAUCAUCAGGACUCUUUGCAUCGGCU